UUCGUGUCCAAAUUGAUGGGGUUUGACUUCGAGAUAGUGUAUCGGCCCGGUCGCCAGAACACCGUGGCCGAUGCAUUGUCUCGCCGGGAAGACGUGGCCGAGCUCGAUGCCGUGACGGGGCCGACGUGGGCCGUUUGGGCCGAGCUUCGGAAGGCACAAGAUGAGGAUGCGCAUUGUCGGGACGUGAUCGAGAAGCUGAACAUGGGACACGACGAGGACGAGGACCAUGACAUACACGAUGACUUGCUCCUUUAUCGUGGGCGAGUCAUCGUGCCCGAGGCGGGAUCGUUGCGCGAGGAUAUCAUCCGGCACUUCCACGACUCGAAGUUUGGAGGACACUCGGGGGUGUUCCGGACAUGGAUGAGGAUUGCGAGCACUUUUUAUUGGCCAGGGCUGAGGGGCGAUGUGUGCGACUACGUUGGGCGAUGUGAUGGGUGCCAACGCACUAAGGCGGACGCGCGUCGACCGGGCGGGCUGCUCCAACCUUUGCCGGUUCCCGCGCGUAUUUGGGAGGACAUCACCAUGGAUUUUAUCGAGGGGUUGCCACUCUCGAAUGGGUUCAAUGGAGUCAUGGUGGUAGUCGACCGCCUUACCAAGUAUGCGCAUUUUAUUCCACUUACUCAUCCAUACACGGUUAAGUCUAUAGCAAAAUUGUUUGUUGAAUAUGUGAUGAAAUUGCAUGGGGUGCCACGGUCAAUUGUGUCCGACCGAGAUCAGAUAUUUAUGAGUAGCUUUUGGUCGGAGUUCUAUAAAUUUCAGGGAACCGAGCUAAGCAUGAGCUCGGCAUAUCAUCCACAAACCGACGGACAAACGGAG